AUGGUCCAAAACAAACAACUAAUCUUCGCCUCCCACCCAACCGGCUUCCCCAUUCCCGGCACCGACCUCAAACUGACCACCACAGAACUAGACAUCAACUCCCCUCCUCCCGGCGGCCUAAUCAUCGCACCUAAAUACGUCGGUUAUGACCCAUACAUGCGUGGGCGCAUGAGACCCGCAGGCGCACUCUACAUCUCAGGCUUCCAACUCAACGAGCCGCUCUACAACUUCGCCAUCUCCACCGUGAUCUCCUCUUCUUGCCCGCGCUUCAAACCCGGCGACAUUCUUCUCGGUUCGGCGCAUUUCGCCCAAUAUCAAGUUAUUGAAAAAGAGAAAGCCGAGAAGAGCGAGGCGGAUGGCGGAUUUGAUAUCCUGCAGAAUCCACUAGGAUUGGAUCUUAUGGUGUUUCUCGGACCGUUGGGGAUGAGUGGACUUACAGCUUAUUCCUCGUUCUACGAGAUUGGCAAGCCGAAGAAGGGAGAGGUUAUCUUUAUUAGUGCGGCGAGUGGAGCUGUGGGGCAGGUGGUGGGACAGUUGGCGAAGAGGGAGGGGAUGGUUGUUAUUGGGAGCGCGGGCAGUGAUGAGAAAGUUAAGUUUGUGGUUGAGGAGUUGGGAUUUGAUAAAGGGUUUAAUUAUAAGACGGAGAAGCCUGGGGAGGCGCUGAAGAGGGUGUUGGGCGAGUUGGGGAAGGAUGGGUUAAAUAUCUAUUAUGAUAAUGUGGGUGGUGAGACGUUGGAUGCAGCGUUGGGAGUGAUGAGUACUUUUGGGCGGAUUGUUUCUUGUGGGAGUGUGUCACAAACGAGCAAGAAGCCAGAGGAUACGUAUGGGAUCAAGAAUAUGCCUAUGGUGACCGGAAAGAGACUUACGAUUAGAGGCUUCAUUGUCUUUGAUCCCGAUUUCGGACCAAAAUACCAUGACGAGCAUCAGAAGAACGUGCAGAAAUGGAUCAAGGAUGGGGAGAUCCAAGUCAAGCUUAGUGUCACUGAGGGAAUCGACAAUGCUGCUGGAGGAUUUGUGGGGAUGUUGAAGGGGGAGAACUUUGGGAAGGCGUUGGUGAAGAUUUGA